AAAAUGUAAAGUUAAUUCCAUAGUUAAUACCCUUAAUUUGAGAAUUUAGAUGAAAUACGAUAAUUCAUAACAACUAAAACAAAUACUGUUGAUCUUAGUCUUUAAAUGCCACCUUAUCUAUCAUCAUUUUAUUAACCUUUAAGGAAGCAAACUUUUUAAAAUUAUUUAGUAUAAUCUGAUAUUUAAAUAAUUAGGCGAUCAAAGUCAGCGAUUAAAAUUAAAGAAAACAAGCAAUUUAUAAAUUUAUUUAAUUAGUUGACAUUGAAAUAUUGAGUUUAUUUUAAGAACAAAUAAUUAAACCAUAUUAAAAUUUGAUAUUAGUUAGACAUUAUGGAAUUCCUUAAGAUUUGGAUGUGGAGAAAUUAAAAUUAGAUAAUAAGACUUUAGGAGCAUUAAAUGAUUUAGCUAGUUCCAUUGCUUAGUGGAAUCUUUAAAUUGAAAUUGCUGUAGACAAUAUUACAAGAGUUCAACUUUAUGAACUUUGGAAUUAAUCUGGAAAAAUAAAAGAGGCUUAAUUGACAGCUGAAAUUAAAGGAAUUCUAUCUCCAUCAGAUGAUUUAGAUUAUAAGGUAUAUAAAUUAAUAAUUAAUAUGUUAUUAGACAUAUUCAAAACAUAUAUUAAUUAGAAUGUUAGCAUAAGGGGCAGAUAAAUUUGGAAAGUUUUUAUAUUCAAAUGGAUUAUCAGAAUCAAAUUUAUCAUAUGGUGCAGCCUUAGUAAUUUAUCAUGCCUUAAUUGGAAAGUCUGCAUUACCAUGGAAUGUUAUAAUUCCAAAUGUUUCAUUAAAAUGGCUAGUAUCGAUAUUUAUAAUUAUGAGUUUGGUGGAGUAAUUGGUUCUCUAGCUUUAGGAAAAGUAUCAACAUAUUUGGAGAAAUGUGAUUAGGUGUAAUAAUUAUAAGGAUGUGCAGAAGUGUUUUAAGAUAUAACAAAUUUUUUGAUUAAUUUUAAUGAAACAGUAUCUGCAGCAAUAAAUGAUGUAUUGUUAACAGUAAAUGAAGAAUAAGAGAUGGAAAAGAAAUAAAGUAAAAGGUGAUUGAUUAUUUUUCAGAUUUAACAAGCUUGAUUGAAGCAUUCCUUAAAUCUCCAGAAUCAAUAAAAGAUGGUUAGACUGAAUUUAUUACUUGUGAAGACAUAAUAAAACAUGAAUAAGAUGAAUGGUAAGUAAUUUAAUGA